CGUAGUGACGUAAAGAACCGUUGGCGAGACACGUCAUCGAAGGAUGACUGCUUUAUUGACAAGUUUUACGAAGCCGCAUGGUUUGCCCUUCUGGUUUUGACAGUGCGACGCUGGGUAAGGAAGAGUUCGUCUGCGACGCGUCUCUGUACCGGGAACUGGUGUGAAAAAUGGUCGAGAGGGAACAAACGAAAAAGGAUAUAAAAGAACUGGCAAAGAAUGACAAGUACUCGAUUUUACUUCCAACCUACAACGAAGUCGAGAACUUGCCCAUAAUUAUUUGGCUUAUCGUGAAGUAUAUGGACGAGAGCGAACUUGAUUAUGAGAUUAUCGUGAUAGACGAUGGUUCUCCAGAUGGGACACUGGACAUGGCUAAACAGCUGCAGAAUGUCUAUGGAGAGUACAAAAUAGUUUUGAGACCAAGGGAAAAGAAGCUUGGACUGGGCACAGCAUAUAUUCAUGGAAUUAAACAUGCUAAUGGAAACUUUAUUAUCAUCAUGGAUGCAGAUUUAUCUCAUCAUCCUAAAUUCAUACCCAAAAUGGUAGAACAUCAGAGAUACCUUGAUUUGGAUAUUGUAAGUGGUACUAGGUAUAUAAAAGGUGGAGGAGUUUAUGGCUGGGAUUUCAAAAGGAAAUUGAUCAGCAGAACUGCAAAUUUCCUCACACAAAUUUUAUUGAGACCAGGUGCCAGUGAUCUUACAGGAAGCUUUAGAUUGUACAAGAAAGAUGUACUAGAAAAUCUCAUUCACUCUUGUGUAUCAAAGGGGUAUGUCUUCCAGAUGGAGAUGAUUAUCAGGGCCAGGCAAUUGCAAUACACCAUAGGAGAAGUUCCCAUCACGUUUGUCGAUCGCGUUUACGGCGAGUCGAAGCUGGGUGGGUCGGAAAUUUUCCAGUUUGCAAAAGGUCUUCUGUAUCUUUUCGCCACCACUUAAUUUAAUGUACAAUAAAGAACUGCAAUAAACAUUCCUUGUAU